AUGAAGGGAGCUUGGUUCGUUUUGGCGCUUGCUGCCAUUGCGGCCGCAAAGCCUGUGGCCCAGAACGGCAACUCCAACGGCAACUCCAACGGCAACUCCAACGGAAACUCAAACGACAAGUCGGAUAACGACUCGAACAACAAGAACAACGACAAGAACAACGACAAGAACAACGACAACGACAACGAUAACGACAAGUCCAACGAGAAGUCUAACGGCAAUUGGAAAAGCACAUCCACCUUGACCACUGCUAUUACUACAACAUAUAAGCCCUCGGCUUCGUCCACGACCAUUGCAAAGGGCACCACUAGCACGAUUAUCGUACGGUCCACCGUCGCUUCUUCAACCUUCUCUACGGGAACCACCAAAUCCACCGUUUCGUCUUCGUCCGCAUCAUCCAGCAAAGCCACGACAACUUCCACAGUCAGGUCCUCCUCCGCAACAACUACGGUCCUGCCUUCGCCCGCCUCAUCCAAAACAUCUACCACAACAUCCUCAGCUAAACCUGCCUCAGCAACACCCUCAUCUUGGACUUGCCCGGAAGCAGACGGUUAUACCUUCACAAGCUCUGCAGGCGCCAAGUUCCUCGUAGAAUGUUUCGUCGACCACUUCGGCAGCGACAUGUCGAACAACCUAGUAUGGACUAGCGACCUGAUCUCUUGCAUUGAUGCUUGCGACAACAGACCUGGCUGCGUCGACCUUGCACUCGUGCCUGGUGGAGGGGCGUGCUACCUCAAAAGCACCUUGGGAAACCCCGUUCCUAACGCUUAUGUCUGGAGUGCGAAGCGGCUGACAAGCCCUACCCGUUCCCUGGCCAUGAGCAGCAGCACACCUACCCCGGUUGCUAGCGUCACAACAUCUUCUGUCAUAGCCAAGCCGACCGGCCUUUGCCCAGAAUCCCACGGCAUCUCAUACAAGACUUCCUGCGGCGCCGAGUAUGUCAUCGAAUGCGGCAUCGACAGAGCUGGUGGAGACAUGCCGGGGGUAUUCUACGCAAACGACUUGGCCACUUGCAUGGCCCAGUGCGAUUCGACCCAAGGUUGCUCGACAGUCUCUUGGGUUCAGGGCAGUCCUGGUCCGUGUUACCUGAAGAGCUCAGCCGGCACACCGAACAACAACCCCAGCGUUCACGGUGCAAAGCAGCUCUCUGGCUGCACUUCCGUCACCCCAGCCACUCCAUCUGGUGCGGCUGAUGCUCCAAAGGCUGUAUCUUCAAGCGCCAGCAACCCGGCGCCUAGCGCCUCCUCACCUACGGUGUCAUGUGGAAAUUACGCUGACGGGUCAACAAUCACCACCGGGGGAUCCACUUUCACGGUCGAAUGCUUCAUGGACCGUACUGGUAACGAUGUGGGGAUGAUCUACGCCGAAAGCCUUAGUGCCUGCGUGGCUUCAUGUGCCUCCACUAGUGGCUGUGUCAGCGUGGCGUGGGUUCCUGGCUCACCUACUGGACCCUGCUACAUGAAGGCUUUAGCCGGUCCGGCCUUCCCAAAUGGAAACGUCCAUGGCGCGAAGCUCAUCUCGUGA